GAGAAAACCGAAAAGAUUGAAACUUUGUAGGUGGAAUACAGAGCUUAUGAUAAAUUUUCUCUGCGUCUGCAUACUGUAGAGCAGAAGAAGGGAGAGGAAUCUGGAUAAUUAUCAGACAACCAUCCCUGUCGUUUUCACCAAAACUGCAUUGAAUUUUCCUUUAGACAAAUACACAGAGAGAGAGAGAGAAACCAAAGUCAGAGGAAAUUUAGCCUCCUUUUUCCUUUCCUUUCCUUUCUUUUCCCUUGUCGUCCUUUAUCUCUCUCUCUCUCUCUCUCUCUCUCUCUUCAGAACAUGGAUUCGUUUCUCUGUUAAAAAUCCUCUCUUUUUCCUUGUAUAGACGUAAAAGAUUCAACCCCAACAAUAAGCCGAAGAAGAAGAGUAAGCCAUUCUUCUGUUAUUUCUCUUUUCCCUUUCUUUUCAAUUUUUCUUUUAAAAAAUAAACGGACAAUUUGUUGCAAGAAGAGAUUUUGGAGCCGCAGAGAUCUUAAUUAGAAAACAGAAAAAAGGGUCUUUGCUGCUUCAAAAUCUCUAUAAUUAGAUUUAAAUUUUGGAGUCAUUUGAUUGAAGUGGUGGUUUCUAAUGGCAUCAGCGGCUAUAUUCUCGUCUCUAAGGCGGCGGAGAUCACCGUCGCUGGAGUCGUUCUUGGCUCCGGUUGAAUUAUCCGAUGCUGCACUUGUACAAACCCUUGCAUCGGUGUCAACGGACUUGGUAUCGUGUUUCUCGGCUAAAUCGCUUUUCUUUCAGCGAAGGAAUUCGCUGUCUCUAAUUCGAAAGAUUGAGCUUUUCUCUGUAUUAUUGGAGUAUCUGAGGGAUUCUGGGUCAGGUUCCAGUUUGUCUUCUACAGCGGUUGUUUGUUUUAAGGAGUUGUAUUUGCUUUUGUAUCGGUCAAAGAUACUGCUUGAUUAUUGUACUCAAUCGAGCAAGCUAUGGCUGUUGAUACAAAACCGGUCCAUUUCGGGCCAUUUUCAUGAUCUGAAUCAGGAAAUUUCCACCCUUUUGGACGUAUUUCCACUGGAUGUUCUUGAAUUGAGCGAGGAUGUUAGGGAGCAGACAGAGCUCAUGCAAAAACAAGCGAGGAAAGCGAGGUUGUUCAUCGAUAAGAAUGAUGAGGCCUUGCGGGUUAGGUUCUUUUCAUUUCUUGAUGAGUUUGAGAAGGGGAGGAUUCCUAGUUUGGAGGAGCUGAGGUUGUUCUUUGUGGAGAAUUUGGGGAUUAAAGAUGCCAGGAGUUGUAGAACAGAGAUUGAGUUCUUGGAGGAACAGAUUGUUAAUCACGAGGGAGAUGUUGAACCAACGGCCUCUGUCCUUAAUGGGUUUGUUGCAAUUACACGGUAUUGUAGGUUUUUGCUUUUUGGGUUUGCCACAGACAAGGUGGAGUUGCAAUUUGAGAGUCAGAAGAAGCCAAGAAAAGGGUUGAUCACUCGAGAGAUUGCAGACACUUUUAUCACAAUACCCAAGGAUUUUUGUUGCCCAAUAUCGUUGGAUUUGAUGCGAGAUCCAGUGAUAAUUUCAACUGGACAAACAUAUGAUCGGAGUUCGAUUUCCAGGUGGGUAGAGGAAGGGCAUUGUACUUGCCCCAAGACGGGGCAAAUGCUCACCAAUUCCCGCCUUGUCCCUAAUCGGGCUUUGAGGAAUUUGAUUGUACAAUGGUGCACUGCUCAUGGAAUGCCCUAUGAGCCUCCUGAGAACAUAGAUUCGUCUGCAGAGGCUUUUUCUGCAGCUUUGCCUACCAAAGCUGCACUAGAAGCCAACAGAGCUACAGCAGCACUUCUCAUCCAACAACUGGCAGAUGGUUCACAAGUUGCAAAGACUAUUGCUGCUCGUGAAAUCCGUUUGUUAGCGAAAACAGGAAAAGAAAACCGUGCUUUCAUUGCAGAAGCUGGUGCAAUUCCUCACCUCCACAAGCUGUUAUCAUCGACAAACCCUAUUGCUCAAGAGAAUUCUGUAACAGCAAUGCUUAAUCUUUCAAUUUAUGAUAAGAACAAAAGCCGAAUUAUGGAUGAAGAUGGGUGCUUGGGAUCUAUUGUAGAAGUAUUAAGGCUUGGGCUGACAAUAGAGGCGAGGGAAAAUGCAGCAGCAACACUGUUCAGCUUGUCAGCAGUUCAUGAUUACAAGACGAGAAUAGCAGAUGAGAGAGGGGCUGUGGAGGCCUUGGCGGGGUUGUUGAAAGUGGGGACACCGCGUGGGAAGAAGGAUGCUGUAACAGCUUUGUUCAAUCUGUCAACUCAUACAGAAAAUUGUGCCAGGAUGAUUGAGGCAGGGGCUGUUACAGCACUCGUAGUGGCACUGGGAAAUGAAGUGGUUGCAGAGGAAGCAGCAGGUGCAUUGGCCUUGAUUGUAAGGCAGCCAAUUGGGUCAGAAGCAGUGGGUAAGGAGGAAAUGGCUGUGGCAGGGCUAAUAGGAAUGAUGCGGUGUGGGACUCCAAGAGGGAAAGAAAAUGCAGUUGCAGCAUUGCUUGAGUUGUGCAGGAGUGGUGGUCUAGCUGCAACCGAGAGAGUGCUCCGUGCACCAGCAUUGGCUGGUUUGCUUCAGACUUUGCUGUUCACGGGCACGAAGCGGGCACGAAGGAAAGCAGCAUCACUUGCUAGAGUGUUUAGAAAGUGUGAAAAUUAUGCCUUGCAUUUUGGCGGAUUAGGUGCUGGAUAUGCAUUCGCCGGCAACUCCACUACAAGUCGGGAUUCAAGUUUCGUCGGUGAUGUUUCAGUGGCCAUGUCCAUUUCAGUACCCGUGCUGUAGGAGUAACAAACAUUCUCGUUGUUUACCAUGCUUGUAUGUGUCCCCCCUUUUCUUUGGUUGGUAAUAUUUACAAAUUCUUUCAUUGAAAUUUGGAUGAUAAUGAGAAAAUUCUACAGAUUCACCA